AUGCAGAAUGUCCUCGAGCCGCGAGAAGGGAAAGCAUGGGUUGAGUCGCCGUACCUGCGGUCUCUUAUAGCCGGCGGCUUAGCAGGCACGACCGUCGAUAUGUCGCUCUUCCCCCUCGACACCCUCAAAACCCGCCUUCAAUCCGACGCCGGCUUCGCCGCCAGCGGUGGCUUCCGCGGCAUCUACAAGGGCCUUGGAUCCGCAUUCGUGGGAUCCGCUCCUGGCGCAGCCCUCUUCUUCAUAACCUACGAUUCUAUCAAGCGGCACUUGACCCCGUCAACGCCGAAGAUCGCACACAAUGCCGAGGGCAAGCCGUAUGCGCAGGUAGAAGGAGGAAGAGGAAGGGAGGCAGGUGUACACAUGCUGGCUGCAAGCUUGGGUGAAGUCGCUGCUUGCGCGGUUAGGGUGCCGACGGAGGUUGUAAAGCAGAGGGCGCAGGCCAGUCAGCAUCCUUCGUCGCUGUCUGCUUUGACAUACAUAUUGAACCAGAGGCACACGCAUGGGCUCAGACACGUGUGGAUGGAGCUGUACCGCGGGUGGAGCAUCACUCUGCUCCGCGAGGUUCCCUUCACGGUCAUCCAGUUCCCGCUGUGGGAAGCAUUGAAACGGUGGCGGAUGCACAACAGCGGGAAGAGCGAGGUCAGUGGGCUGGAAGGCGGAUUGCUGGGUAGUGUCGCUGGCGCGGUCGCAGCAGGGGUAACAACGCCGCUGGAUGUGCUAAAGACGCGGAUGAUGCUGGCAAAGGAGAAGCAGCCGAUGAUGAGCAUGUUGAAGCAAAUACUACAACAAUCGGGCCCGAGGGCGUUCUUUGCGGGGAUUGGACCUAGGGUGGGAUGGAUAGCUACUGGAGGUGCGAUCUUCUUGGGGAGCUACCAGUGGGCGAGUAACGCGUUGGGCGGUGUGGAAGAUGUAUAA